AUGACGGGCACGGUGGUGACAUUGGUGGUGGAGCCGCUCGGCACGCAAGCGGCGACGGUCGAUGUGCUACUGGACCCGGUUCUGGGUAGACCAAACAUUCCGCAGUGCAAGCCCGAGGUGCCGCUCUCGCCGGUGCCCAUCGUAGCCGUUUCGUCUGGAAGGGGCGUGAUCUGCGGCCGAGUGGACAGCGACGCCGUCGACGACGUUGUCGUCGCGCGGCGUGGUAGCAGCGAUGUGCAGCUGUUCCGCGGAAACGGUGUCGGCGGCUUCUCUUCUGUCACCGUUGGCACUGGUAUCGCCAACAUUGUCGGUGUGGCGAUCGGGAAGCUCUCCAGCGACUCGCUCGUUGAUGUUGCGGUAGCCACCCUCGACGAGGUUCUUUGGUUCCGCCAGACCGCAGGCCCGAGCUUUACCGCCGGCGUCAACGUCCACUCGACCUCGGAGUUUGAUCUCGAUGAAGUGGCAGUCGGUGACGUCGACUCGGACGGCGACGACGACAUCGUGGUGACUACCCACGAUUCCCGCCACCUGAUGUUCUGGAUGGAGAACACCGACGGCGCAGGUUCGUUUGCUUCUGCCGCCACCAUCACCACCUAUGGCUCGUACCUGCAAUCGGUCUUGAUUGUCGACAUCGACGGCAACGCGAUCAAUGACAUUCUAUGGAGCGAUGUCGCCGACGGCACGCUGACAUGGAUGAAAGACGGGACGAGCGGAGUUCCGGCCAACCUGGUCUCGCUCGGCGCCGGCUCGGUCUUUUCGUCGAGCCAUGUCCGCGCCGGCGAUGUCAACGGCGACGGCAUGAUCGACCUUGUCUUUGCCUUUUCAUGGCAGUCAGCCUUUGGCUGGCUCCAAAGUUCCGAUGGUGCAGGAGGGUUUUACCCGCCGCGGGCCAUCGAGGCCGCCGUCGACUCUCCUGGCGACCUCACCCUCGCCGACAUCGACGCCGACGGCGACCUCGACAUUGCGCUCACCCACGUCGAGACCAAGGACGUGGUCUGGCAUGAAAACGUCGAUGGUGGUGGGCGAUUUGGCCCGCGCUUGGUAGUCGGCACACUCGGCUUGGGCUUCCUUCAUGUCUGCGCCGGCAACUACGCAAGUGGCCCGAGCCUCGACUUUGUCUCGCUCGACGACACUGUCUUGCAGCGGUGGCCCACUUCGAGCGCGGUCGCGCCGAGCGCCACCGUGCAUGUGGCAGCAAGUGGCAUGCUUGACAGCUUUGAGCAUGCGCCCGCCGACAUCAAUGCCGAUGGCUUCGUCGAUGUUGUUGUUGGCACCAGUUCUGGCGCACUCUGGUUCGCCAACUUUGACGGCGCCGGCAACUUCGGCCCGGCCCAGCCAGUUUUCGACGCCCAGGCUGUCCGCUACAUCAAGGCUGUGGACAUGGACGGCGACGGUGACACCGAUGUUGUUGCAUGGGUCUCGAGCGGCCCAGUGUGGGCGGCCAACAACGGCGUUGGACGAUUUGGCCCCCGCCAGCCGGUGGUCACCACCCCGUCGCCGCCAUAUGCCCACUUUGACGUUGUCGACGUCAACGGUGACGGAGCGCGCGACUUUGUGGCUGUGAGCCAGUCUGACACCUUGGUCUGGGCGCUCAAUGCCGGAGAUGGCAGUUUCCCGUUGCCUACCUCGGUACUGGGCGUCGGCGCGGAUGUUGUGGUUCUACGCGAUAUCAACUCCGAUGGCGCGCCGGAUUUGGUUGUCAUCGACACCAUGACCGACGAGCUCACCUGGUUCGAGAACGAGUUUCCUUCGGGUAGGAGCUUUGCCGCGAGCGCUGUCAUCUACGCGCCGACGGGUCUGACCGAGCAGCUUUUGGUCGACGAUAUCGAUAGUGAUGGUCGGAACGACAUCCUCGUCAUGGACACUAGCUCGACUGUAGUCAAGCGCAUCACCCAGGGUGGCGUGCCCGGCACGUUCAACACGCCGACGGCAGUGGCUACGCUCAAGGCUGCGGGUGCCAUCCAGCUCUCGCUCGGAGACAUGGACGGCGAUGGCCAUGUCGAUCUUGUUGCGAUCAUGUCCAACUCUGACGUCGACAUGGCGCUCAACUCGGGCAGUGGCACUUUUGGUGCAGUUCUUACUCUGGCGUCGGCAUCAAUGACGACCUUUGCCUCGCUCGAUGACGUUGACGGUGACGGCGACAUUGACGUGAUUACCAGCUCGGGAUCGCUCGGCCAGUUUGGUUGGGUGGCACGCCUGCUUCGCGGGCCAAUGCACGUCUUUGCGCCGACGCAUCGUGGCCUCCGGACUCGUGACAAGGCGUGCGAGACAGGAAGCCGCGGCUCAUUCGAGUGCGUGCGCGCAAGUCUCCGCACCACAUCGCGCUGCACCCAUGACACGGUCAACUUGCCACCGGCGCAGUACAACUGCUCGCGAGACUCGCACGCCCUUGUCUCGAAUGCCAUGACGAUUGCAGGAAGUGCCGGAACGGUGUUUGAGUGCGGCAGCGCUGGGGUCUUGUUCCACGUCGGACCGGAUGCCUCCGGGAUGUCGAUCGGCGAGCUUGUCCUCGCCAACAUGACGGUGCGUGGUACAGGUGUGGCACGGACGUCGCUCAUUGGUGGGCCGGGUGUAAGAGUUGGCGGCUCGGGUGCGCGCUUGGUCCUUGACGGCAUGACGUUUGAGGGAUGUUCGGCCGCGCCGCGGACCGACGAGUCGGACUUUUCUGUUGGACGCGGCGGCGCUGUCUUGGUGCUGAGCGGGGCGUCACUCGAGGCGCGCCGGUCGACGUUCAAGGCGAGCUCAGCGAGCUCGGGCGGUGCGCUUCACGUGCGUGGUGUGGGAUCGUCUGCAACGCUCGAGGCGUGCACGUUUCGUGACAACGAGGCAGGCAAUCUCGGCGGGAGCGUGACGGUUGCCACCGGUGCGUCGCUACUUGUGGCAGACUCGCUCAUCACCAGCUCGACCGCGAUCAACGGCGGCGGCGGGCUGUAUGCGGCAAACGGCGCGAGCCUGACGCUCCGUGGCGCGACGACGAUCGAGGACAACACUGUGGCGCUGGCUGGGCUCGGUGGCGGAGUCUUGAUUGUGGCGCCCGCAACAGUCCAGCUGGACGGCACAAGCAUUCGCCGCAACAGCGCCGGCGGCUCGGGUGGCGGGCUUGCGGUGGUUGCCGCGGACCUUCACGUCGAGCUUGCAUCGGCCCAGACCUCAGUCGAGGUUCCUGUCGCCAGCGGUGAAGGACCGCUGAGCGGGCCUGCUCCGCCGACGAUUGUGCUAGUGGAUGUGCGGCUUGAGAUGUCGGAGGCCAACUACCUCGGCGGCAAUGCUCUGGUGUGCGGGGCGCGGGUGAGUCUUGUAGGCUCUGGGACGCUGAUGAGUGGCGGCGUGAGUGGCGCGGAUCGGCGGGCAAAUGACGUGUUUUUGUGCGCUGGCGCAGGCGUUGCCCUCUCCCAGGUUGGGCGCAGCGACCGAGCCAAGCUGCCGUGGUUGCGUGCCGACGCUGCAGCGUUUGGCACGCUUGGGACGGCGGUGAUGGCCGGGCCACUAGCGUCGAUGGCGUGGGCGAGUGGGCCGAGCGGAUCGCUCGAGCCGGGCUUGUCGGCGUCUGGCGCAGUGCGCGGGGUGGAUUGGCUCGGCCAGCCGCUGGUUGAGCCGCGAAUUGUGCUGCGGAUGCGGUAUGAGGCCGAUCCCGCCCUGGCCACGGUCGGGUCGAGCUCGAUGGCGCUCGAGUCGACGGCGGUCUCGCUGCCGGACCUGACCGUCCAGAUUGUGGCAAGCGCAAUUGGCGACGGCGGCGGAGCGAGCCUGAUUCCGCUCACGGCGCACACCAUGAUUGAGGCUGGUGGCGUGAGCAGCCGUGGGCUGGCAGUGCCGGCGCUUCGCGCUACAGUCAACAUCACCGGAUGUCGGGCCGGAUCGGGCACAGUGGCUGGGAGCGGGUCUGCGACGAGCGUUGUCGUCUGUGCCGAGUGUGGUGAGGGGACGCAGCAAAGCGCCGGGCCGCUGGCACAGUGCGUGGCGUUGUCGGCCUGUCCAGCCAACGCAGUGCGGCUCGGCGGCGACGCGAUGGGCGCGUGCUCGUGCGAGCGCAACUUUUGGGUCCAGGACGGAGUCAUCGGUGCGGACGGCUGCUUGCCGUGUCCUAGCGGCGGUGUGUGCACCGGUGGGAGUGCUCAGCCUGUCUCGGGACCGGGCUUCUUUCCGGACGAGACAGACCCGACGCUGUUUGUGGCAUGCCCGACGGCAUCGGCUUGCUUGCUCGACGGGCAGUGCGCACCGGGUUACACGGCGCGGCUGUGCGCCCAAUGCGCCCCCAACUACUACCGACUCGGGUCGAGCUGCCGCAAGUGUGCAGCUGGGCGCAAUGCUGCGAUUGUGGCGUGUCUGGUUGUUGGACUGCUGGUGAUCACGGCUGCGCUGCUGAUGUUCAACCUUGCCCAGAGCCUGCGGUACAAGUUUGCCGCGGCGAUGAUCGGGCUCAACGCGCUGCAGAUCAGCGCAAUGUACGGCAAGCUCGAUCUUGCGUGGGGCGGACUGGCGCAAGUGUACUUUGACGUGGCGAGCGCGGUCAACGUCGAUUUUGAGCUGACCAGCCCCGAGUGCGCGGCCGCGGCCGGGACCGACACAUGGGCGCUCAAGUGGGGCCUCACUCUUGCACUGCCUGUCUUUGCGGCUGCAGCUGUGGUGGCUGUAGCGCCGCUGAUGCUGCUGCCUGGCAAACUGCGGCGGGCAGAUAACUUGGCGCAGCUGAUGGGCGGGUGCGGGCGGACGCUGUUCCAGCUGCUGGUGCUGCUGUAUCUGCCACUGGCGCGGGCGGCCAUGGCGCCGUUUGGGUGUCGCCGCGAGGUGGGUGGGCGGUGGGUGCUCGAUGCCGAUCCGGCGCGGAGCUGCUACAACAGCGCAUGGUGGGUGGGGCUGUUUCCGGUGGCCAUGGCGGCAGUGUUGUGCUACGCCAUCGGUGUGCCUGCGGUAGUCUGGCUGGUCCUACGCCGGCAGCGGGAGGUGCUGGGAGACGAACUCACGUUUACGAUCAAGUUCGGCUUUCUAGUCGGCCGAUUUGUGCCGACAGCGUGGUGGUUUGAGACGGCGAUCAUGGCGCGCAAACUUGGAGUCGUCCUCUGCAUGGCGCUGUUUUUUACUGAUAAGAGCAAGGCCAACGCUGGUGUAGUUGUUCUUGUCUCUGCUCUUGGACAGCUCAUCUUUCAGAGGCCGUACGGCUCGCCACUCCACAACGGACUCUCUGUGGCGGUUCUUGCGGCAACGACGCUAGUGCUGUACUCGGGCACCUUUGAUGACGGCGGGCUGCGGAGCGCCGGCAUUCAUAUCGGCAUCGUCAGCAAUGUUGCGCUCAUCAUUGGCGGCGUGAUGGCCGACUUUUGGCUCAUCGCGCGCCGCGAGAAGCGGGCUGAGGCCGGGUUUGACGCCGACAUGGCCGGCCUUGAUCCUGACCUUGCCCGCGAAGACCUGACCACCAUGACCAACGACGUUCACCUCGACAACCUGAUGAGCGACGUAGGAACGCCGCUUGCGUCGCAGGCCACAGUGAGCUAUGUCGGAUCGGGCCCGCUGGGCACCAGUCAGAGCCCGAUCCUGAGCGAGCGAUCGAUGCUGGGUUCUGCCGAGAUGAUAGAGAGCGGUGGUGGCGGCGGGUUGGAUAGCGUGGUGUGAUGGAGAGUGAACAUUGUGGAUGAACACGUCUGUGC